AUGGAGCUGACAACGAUGCUGACGCUGACGGUGCUGGCGUGCUUGGCGGCGAUGCUGGCGCGGCUGCUGGUGGCGCGCGCGCAGCGGCGUCGGUGCUACCUGCUGGACUACGUGUGCUACAAGGCGACGGACGACCGCAAGCUGCCGACGGACCUGUGCGCCGAGAUCAUCCAGCGGAACCAGCUGCUGGGGCUGGAGGAGUACAAGUUCCUGCUGAAGGUGAUCGCCAACUCCGGCAUCGGCGAGGAGACGUACGGCCCGCGCAACAUGAUCGAGGGCGGGGAGGCCCGGCCCGACCGCCUCCGCGAGGGCAUGGAGGAGAUGGACGAGACCUUCCACGCCGUCCUCGACGAGCUCUUCGCCCGGUCGGCGGCGCCGGGGGGCGUCGGCAUCCGCCCCGCCGACGUCGACGUCUUCGUCGUCAACGUGUCCAUGUUCUCGCCGGCGCCGUCGCUUUCGGCGCGCAUCGUGCGCCGCUACGGCCUCCGCGAGGACGUCAAGGUGUACAACCUCACGGGCAUGGGGUGCAGCGCCACGCUCAUCGCGCUCGACCUCGUCAACAGAUUCUUCAGUACGCACGCGGGUCAGGUGGCUCUGGUGAUGACGUCAGAGUCGAUCGCGCCCAACUGGUACGCCGGCAACAAGAAAUCCUUCAUGCUGGGCAACUGCCUCUUCCGCUCCGGCGGCUGCGCCUACUUCCUCAGCAACGACCCGCGCCUCCGCGCGCAAGCCAAGCUCCGGCUCCGCCACGUGGUGCGCACCCACACGGGCGCCUCCGACGAGGCCUACAACUGCGCGCUCCAGAUGGCGGACGACGCCGGCCGCCCCGGGUUCCACCUGGGCAAGGAGCUGCCGCGGGCCGCGGUGCACGCCUUCAUCCACAACCUCCGCGUGCUGGCGCCCAAGGUGCUGCCGCUCCCGGAGCUGCUCCGCCUCACCUGCGCCACCUUCUCCGCGCGCCUCGCGCGCAAGCGGGGGUCCAAGUCGUCCAACCACCUCACCAUCCGCAUGAAGGCCGGCGUCGACCACUUCUGCGUCCACACGGGCGGCGCCGCGGUCAUCGACGGCGUGGGCAAGGGGCUCACGCUCACGGAGCAUGACCUGGAGCCCUCCCGCAUGACGCUGCACCGGUUCGGCAACACCUCCGCCAGCAGCGUCUGGUACGUGCUCAGCUACAUGGAGGCCCAGGGCCGGCUGCGCAAGGGCGACCGCGUGCUCAUGGUCACCUUCGGCGCCGGAUUCAAGUGCAACAGCUGCGUCUGGGUCGUCGAGAACCACGCCACCGACGCCGGCGUCUGGAAGGACCGCAUCCACCAGUACCCGCUCAAGGACGUCUCCAACCCCUUCAUGGAGAAGUACGGCUUCCUCAAGGACCUGACCAUCGAUGGACCUAUGAUGUGA